AUGGCGCCAGCCGUCCCGCGGCUUGUGCUGCUGGAGGAGAAGGUCCGAGACAAGAGCGGUCUGGCGCCUCACAGCGACCUGGCUGAACUUCAAUCAUUAUCUAUUCCUGGAACUUACCAAGAGAAGAUCACUCACCUGGGCAGCUCGCUGAUGAAUCUUACUGGUCUCAGAUCCUUAGAUCUCUCACGCAACUCCUUGGUCAGUCUGGAGGGCAUCCAGUACCUGGUGGCUCUGGAAAGCCUCAACCUCUACUACAAUUGCAUUUCCUCGCUGACCGAGGUGUUCCGGCUGCACCCCUUGACCAAGUUGGCAGAGGUGGACUUCCGACUAAACCCAGUGGUGAAGAAUGAGUCUGACUACCGGCUCUUCAUGGUGCACAUGCUGCCAAAGCUCAGACAGCUGGAUGACCGCCUGGUGCGAGAGAGUGAACGGAAGUCUUCCCAGUUGCACUUUACUGCAGAGGAACCUCUAGAUUCAGAGCACAGUGUCUCUACUGUUUUCCAAGCCAGCAGACCACCUACCUUGAGAGCCAAGAACUCAGACCUCAGUGCCAAGAAGAGCCUGGUGAUGGAUGCAGACGACGAGGCAGUGCUGACACUCAUUGCCGAGUGCGAGUGGGACCUGAGCAACCCCCCAUGCAGCUCCAGCUCCAGCCAACAGGAGCACGAAGCCAAUUGCCAUGCCUCCCAUGAGAGCCGACACCUGCUGAGCCCACGGUCACUGCAGCUGGAGUGUGGGGACGCUGGCAGGAAGAGCCAAGAGAGAAGGAAGAGCAGCUCUCAGGGUUGCUAUAUAGAGAAGAGGAGCCAAUUGUGUGGAGAGCUCCCCAUGCAGCCCGGAGCUGAGCCGGAAGCCUUCGAGCUUGGACAAUUCCCUCCCGACACAGACUCUGUGGACACUGAGGACACAAGUACGUCUUCCCUGAAGUCCAGGUCUAGUCUGUCGUCACAGAAGCUGCUGAAUCCUGGACCUGCUGCUGACAAGUACAGGAAGUGCAGAAUGCCUGGUGGAAGGUUCCAGGCCCCUCUAGACCAGGAGUGCCUGAACUGCCUGGCAAGGACUGACGGUGUCCUGAGCCCUGAACAGAGCAGGCAGAGCAACCUUGAGGGAAGGAGUGAGAAGGAGAGAUCGGAGGCGUCUGAGCCGGCUGAUCCUCGACCCCCCAGCAGGAGUGGUGCCAAAGAGGGGGUACUGCUGGAGGCGCUGCUGGACCUGGUGGACACACACUGGACGGGUUGCCACUCCCUCCACAGUGACAAGGCCUUCCUGGCUCAAGCACAACGUGUCCUGGCCUCUGUGUCCGAACUGGCCGCCUCUACAGACCUCAGCCCUACAGACCAGGAGCAGGACGGGCUGUUCCUGGUGGAGCAGCAGCCCCAUAGCCUGAAGCUAGCUGCGCUGGUAGCAGAACUCAGCAGCACACGCAAGGAGAGGGAUGACCUGAGACAGCAUUUAGACAGAUCUUUGGAGGAGAAUAGCAGCUUGAAAUCACUCUUACUCAGCAUGAAAAAAGAAGUGAAGAAUGCAGACACCUCAGCCACCCUCAAUUUGCAGAUCUCUGGUCUGCAAACGAGUGUCCAGCGACUCUCUGAGGAGCUGAUAGAGUUGAAGCAGCACCUGGAGCAUUAUGACAAGAUCCAGGAACUCAUCCACAUGCUCCAGGAGAGCCACAGCUCCCUGGUGAGCACCAACGAGCACUUGCUGCAGGAGCUAGCCCAGGCCCGGGCGCAGCACCAGGCCGAGGUGGAGCAGCUGCACUGGAGCUACAAGGAACUCAAGAAGACCCUGGCCCUGUUCCCAGCCACCGGCGCUUCCCUCAACAGCUGCCGGUCCUGA